AUGUAUUGGCCAACAACAACAGCAAAAAGGCUGCAUCUCUCACCUUCCGGUCUAAACUCAGAACAGGAUGCAAAUGCUCACAUCAUACACGCAGCCGAAUCGUACGAUGCAGAUUUAUGGGCAACAUUAACUGCUUCCACCUUGACAAUCUGGUCAUAUAGACCUUCACAAGUGGUGGCAGCAUUGGUAAGAACACCAAAGAGUAUCGAAGAGUAUGGCGCAAAUGUACGCAUUCGAUGGAAGCCUGACGGGUUAGGAAUAUUCGUCGAAACGGAUCAAUCGUAUCUCCUAUUGUAUUCUGUCAAGUUUGUACCGCAAAGACAAGCAUCAGUUUAUUCAUAUAUACCCUCAAAUGGCAGUGGAGCCAGAAGUAAAACGACAAAAGAAGUUUUGGCUCCCAGCUUAUCCGCGUUACGAUCAACAUUUGCUCCAGGACCCGGCGAAGGAUCCAGUCUUGGCGAAGGAAGACAACUUGCAAUCGAUAUACGAUUCAAGCUAGUGCUACGGAUAGAUGCAGGACUUUCAACAUCCGUCUCUACAGAUGAUCACCUGAUAGUGGCAACCAAGAAUCCUCCAGCAUUACAAUGUAUUCCUUGGCCUGAGGAUCCGAGCGGCCCACGUAAAGGCUCGCCUCAAACAAGAACAAGCGUACUAUCUCGACUGGAAUGGAUCGUCAAUGAGCAUUCACAGAAGCAAGGUGACGAUAAAGAAAAAGCUCAGGAUACGCCACCUCCUCACAUUGUCGAUCUGGUAUACUCCCAUGAGAUGGACAUAUACCUGUUUGUGACAUCAGACGGAAGAGCGUAUUGCGCUCAUCUGCAAAUGGACAGUAGAACGUCGAUAUGGAGAGGACAUUGUUUCCAUGGAAUAUCGGAUCGAAGACGGCGGCCUUCAAAUCUGGACCCAAGCGAAAGAGAGAAUGCUCCCUCCACAAGCCUUCCUCUCGAACACCGAGGACGAUGUGCUGCAAUCAAUGCCAGAUUCAGUCUUUUGGCCGUUGGGUUGGAAGAUGGAACAGUGACUGUGUACACAUUUCGCGCUCCCGACAAAGUUGCCUUAUACUCCCACUCUUUCUCCGUUCGGGAAGCAAUGCGGAGUACGGCUUCAUACCUCAAAACAGGUCAUUGUACCUCUCUAGCGUGGUCGAGCGAUGGCCAUGCAUUGGCCACAGGUUGGCAGAAAGGUUGGUCGAUUUGGAGCACGUUUGGCAAAUUGAUGGGAUGCAGCUUGACAGAAAAUUGGCAAGACGCAUCCGAGAAAUUCUCCGAUACUUUUCUACGUGGAGUUCAAGACCUUUUCUGGGGUCCGGGCAACACAGAAUUGUUCCUGACAUGCUACUCCAACGACGAUCAGCCCUCUAAAGACCUCGACAGACAAAUAUUUGUCUUGCCUUUUGCCAAAUCAGCUGUUACCGGACAGCAUUCUCCCGACAAUACUCGCUACGCAUUCGUACAACUUGACGAUAGCGUGCUCGUCUAUCGAGGUUCCGAUCAACCUGAUAUGAGCAUCAUCAAUCCCGAAAGUGACGUGUGGCACCAUAUCAAAAUCCCGCAAGAAUACUUGGCAACAAAUUGGCCUGUACGAUAUGCUUGUAUCAGCAGUGAUGGACGUCUGAUCGCUGUUGCUGGUCGUCGUGGAUUGACACACUUUUCUAGUCUGUCAGGUAGAUGGAAACGCUUCCAAACCACAGCUCAAGAGCAAAAUUUUAUUGUUGAUGGUGGACUCCAAUGGUAUCAACACGUUCUCGUUGCAGCUUGUCAUAUCCCUGAAACAAACGAACACCAAAUCCGUCUCUAUUCGCGGGAUUUGAAUUUGGAUGAAACGUCUGUGCUCUAUACUGAGCAUCUCUCCUCGGCAGUCAUUCUUACAAGCUUGUUUGACAACAGUCUGCUGGUUUAUACAGCCGAUAAUACUCUGCACCACUUUCUCAUCUCCAUCACCGAUAUGGACAUCCAUCUGACGCUAUGUGGAAGCAUCACAUUCGAAGGUGUCGUUGGUGAGCCUGCCCGCGUGAGAGGGAUGAGUUGGCUUGUGCCUGCGCAACAGCAACAAAGUGGUGAUCCGAUGGACGAUCUUAUGAUGGCAACAAUCAUCUUCUUAAUCGACGGUAAGCUAGUACUCCUAAGACCGAGAAGGUCGACAAACAAUGAAGAUGACGAAGAGGUGUCGUACGAUAUGCAAAUCUUGGGUGAUCGAAUUGAGUAUUAUUGGACACAUUUGCAAGGUGUGGGAACGCUAGAGAAUUCGCUGUGGGGCUACGAUGGACAUGGGAUCAAGUUGUGGCUCGAUGCAUUGACCAUUGAACAGGCUGGUGUGAUCAAUGACAAUGACGAAGAAGAGGAGAAGCCGGAAUAUCGUACGAUCGAAGAAAGCAUGUCGAUCUCGCUUGACUUUUAUCCACUUUGUGUUUUGAUCGAAAAGGGAAUUAUCAUUGGUGUCGAACCAGAGGUGUCCCUUCGUAGGUCAUUGGAAUUUGCAAUUUUCAGAAGCACAACGAACACGCAGCUAUUUCUACAUCACGUUCUUCGUAGCUAUCUGGAAAGAAGACAAUUACGGGAAGCGGUCCUGUUUGCAUCUUUCUAUAGGUCUUUGGUCUACUUUGCUCAUGCACUUGAAAUUCUCUUACACGAUGUCCUGGAAGAGGAAGCGGACAGCGAGUUUGCACAACAACUCACCUCGUCUUCUUCAAAUGGAAGCUUAGUUGAUCACGAGAAAUCA